CUGAACUUUAAUAUAAUGUGUUUAUUUUCUUUCAGUUACACAUUUGCAUCUGGUUCUCCAGAUAAUAUUAAGCAGUGGAAAUUCCCAGAUGGAAACUUCAUUCAGAACCUCUCUGGCCACAAUGCUAUUAUCAACACGCUGGCUGUAAAUUCUGAUGGUGUUCUGGUCUCAGGAGCUGAUAAUGGUACUAUGCAUCUUUGGGACUGGAGAACUGGAUACAACUUCCAGAGAGUACAUGCAGCUGUACAGCCAGGCUCUUUGGACAGUGAAUCGGGAAUAUUUGCUUGUGUUUUUGACCAGUCAGAAAGCAGAUUGCUAACUGCUGAAGCUGAUAAAACCAUAAAAGUAUACAAAGAAGAUGACACUGCGACUGAAGAAACUCAUCCUGUCAGCUGGAAACCAGAAAUUAUCAAGAGAAAACGAUUUUAAUGCGGCAACAUACUACUUCUGUAAUUCUGUUUUGGCCUUCCUGAGAGCUUUCAGUCACAUUUUGUUCUGCCUAGAACAGCAGAGCAAAAAGUCAGCUAAGUCAUUGCUAUUUCAACAUGUUUUAUAAUAAAUUUUAUUUCUCUUUCCUUUUGUCUUUCUUUGUUGUGAUCCCAGCAAACCAGUUGCAGCUGUUAACUUUGUGGAGCAUGUAUAGUUCAUGAAAAGGAUAGAUGUGCAGGUGGUUAUUUUUUUAGACUUACACACUCAAUAGAUUCUUAUAAAAAUAUUUUGAUGAGCUAAGUUUUCUGAAAGACCCUUGUUUGACCUCAAAAGUUAAUUACAAAUUUAUGCAUAGGAGCCAUCUUCUGGGAAUUUCUUGGGGAUGCUUGGAUUUUAGACCAGUAUAGUUUACUGUACAUAUGCUAAAUAGAUACUAAAUUAGAGUAACAGAGUAAUCUAGAAACAAGCAGAACAACGCAAUAAUAAGGUAGUUUGCUUUAUAAACACAGCCACUGAGCAUUGUUGGUGCUGUGUUAUGGAAUGAAAUGGAUCUUCAAAGUGUUUCUUUCCCUAGGAAUGCUUUCAAAUGCAAGUACUCAUCUUCACUUAUAUUAUUUCAGAUUGGACCUUCUGUAGCAAGGACUGUUGUCAAAUCAUAUUGUUCACAGUUGCUGCAGGGUUAGGACCAGUUGACUUCCUUUGUAAAUCAGCUGUUUUUUCCACUUAUCUAAAGCAUAUAUGACAGGAGAGUCCAGUGAACUUUUAAAACUGAGCUUGAGGGAAAAUGCUUAAGUAAUUUAAGCCUUAAUUUUACAGUUUGCUGUCUUCCCAUGAUUUUAGGAAGGAGUUUAAAAUAAACUCUUUCUGAAAGAUAAUUUGUACUUCUGAAGGGACAAAUCGUUUAUUGGCUUUACAAAUAGUCACAUGACAAGCACUGAACAUAUAAGCCUCCUUGCUACUGUUUAUCUGUCUUGUCUGUGCUGCUCUUAAGUGCUUCAUAGGGCAGUGGAGAAAAUCAUUAAGUUAUCAGACCAUUCAGUUGUUGGCAACUUUGCUAGUGGUGUUAAUAGCUGCACUGGCAAGUUUCAUGCUGGGUAGAUGCUGAGAAUUAAUCUGUGGCCACAGCACUGAUAGCAAGCAGUUCACAAUAAUUAUUUCUACUUGCCAGCCUGUCUUCUUUCAAAUCUGAGAUUUAUGUUAGAGAAAUGAGUUAUUUGCAAUGUAACUUACAGAAAGCUAGUAAAACUAAGUGUUGUUUAUAUUAUGAGAAUUUUUGUCUUUUUUAUGAUGCACAGGAGGUCUUGUAUUUAUACUCUGAAUGUUUGACAAUGUCAUUUUAAGGAAGUCCAUGCUGCAUAAAUAACUGAAUUUUGGUUGACAGCUAUUGUCUAAAGCAACUUCACAAAAAAGGUGGGGAGUAUUUGGUAUUUAUGAGUUGGAUUAAACAUCUUUUAUUUGAAUGGUAACUUGAAUUUUUCUGGAUCUUGAUUACUGCUCUUUCCAUUUUAACUAACAUAAGAGGUAACAAUACAGGUUAUGGCUUAUGCAUGUUUGUACCGCUGCUAAUGAUUCGUUCCAGAAAUCCAUGAAUUAUUGCUGUUACACAGAAUUUUCUUGCUCACGCUGAAAUCCUCUUUAGCAAACUAGAGUGGAGAGAAAGAACUUACUUGAAAAUGGGUGGGAUUGUAGAGGAUUUUUGUUUUUUAAGAAGUGUCCAUUUCUUUUGAUAGUUUGGAAUUAGGAUGGAGAAAUUAUGGAUCUUGGCUCACUGUUCUAGCACAUCUUUUCUGUACUGAUAUUUUCCUUUAGAAACUGCAUUUAUUACACUUUUUAUCACUUUGAAGAGAUAUCAGAAAGUCUCCUGAAGAACCUGUGUUUCUUCUCUGGACUUCUGUGGGAAUCUGCUAUCAUGGGGCAGUGGUUGCCUGGGCAUUCUUUUUUGUGCCCUAGGUAAAGAUUUGGUUUGUAAAUUAAAGGCUGUGCACUAUUACUUGAGAUAAUGCAUUUCCUUUUUGGCUUUCUAAUAUGUUGUCCCAGUUCUAAUUGUGAUUUUUUUUUUUCUUAUUUGUAUUCUUGAGCAUUUGAUUUACUUUUUCGUUUCCUUCCCAGCAGUUUUUUCUUCCCCUUGACAGUAAAGUGAAUAUCAUCACAUACACUUCUGUAAAUAUUGUUUAUGGUACAUCAAGAUUAUUAGAUAUCAUUUAACUGCUUCUCUAGUUCAAAACAAGCCUAGAUAGUGAGUUGUGACACACAUAGGUCUGAUCGUGUAGGAUACAAAGUGACAUUAGAUUUGUCCAUGUAAGUCAUAAGGUGAAGCAGAAGAGGAGGGUCUCGUCUACUGGGUGUAUUUCCAUGGUUCUGGAAAGCAUCGCACUGCAAUGUCAGUUUAAGUAAUCUUGAAUGGGACUCUAAUCUCAGAAAAUAAUUAUUGUCCUUAGUUUCAUAAAAUUUGAUGUUGUCUUCUGUAUAUGAUCAAAUAAUUUCUACCACAAACCCUGAGUUUUGUUUUAUACUGUACAUAAUUGCAGAGAAGUAAGAAAAUGGUUUUUGUUUGUAACAUAAAAAAGUGUAACUGGUAACAGGGAUAAAUCUCAAGAUCACUCUUGGCUGUAUACUGAAGCAUUUAGCUGUGCAGCUAAAAUGCUGUUGUUUGCUGGCAGCAAGAAAGUUGUGCAGAACAGUAUGUCUUUGGCAACUUAAAGGCUUACAGAUGUUAAGUCUUUAAUAGCCAAUUACUUUUUAGUUCUGUCGGGUUAGAAUUAAAGUGCACCUGAUGUGACAGCAAUUUAGCCAUCAAUAAAACCUUCCAUACAAUAUGAA